AUGCACCGCCUCACCAACGCCCAAGUUGCUGUGAAACAGAUUCCCAAGCAGCAUGUGGCCAGUCUCACACGGGAAAUUCACCAUCAUCGAAGGCUUCAUCAUCCAAAUGUGCUUCAGCUCUAUGAAGUCAUUCAGACUGAGUCGUACAUUUGGAUGGUGACUGAGCUGUGCACGACGGGAGAACUCUAUGACUACCUUGUCGAACGUGGAACGUUGUCCGAGCCUGAAGCGCUCCGUAUAUUCGGUCAGAUAUGCCUAGGCGUAGGCUAUAUUCAUGAACAGGGUAUUGUUCAUCGCGAUCUAAAACUGGAAAAUAUUUUACUGGAUGCCGAUCUCAACGUGAAGCUCAGUGACUUUGGGUUUACGCGAGCGUACGAGGAGCGACAAUGGCUAUCUACCCAGUGUGGCACCAUGGCCUAUUCAGCUCCAGAAAUGCUUGCGGGCAUCCGAUAUCAAGGUCCUCCCGUGGAUAUUUGGUCCUUGGGCGUGAUCCUGUACGCGCUACUUUGCGGGUACUUGCCUUUCGAUGAUGACAACGAAGCUAUCAUGCAGUACAAAAUCGUAAAGGAAGACGUGGAUAUACCUGCUACAUUGUCGGACGAGGCACGCCAUCUGCUCUCCUUGCUCUUGCAAAAAGACCCUGCUGAGCGACCGUCGCUUCCCACUAUAUUGCUGCAUCCCUGGUUCCACACUUCCGCAGCAGCGGCCGGCUCAGUCAACUUUCAUGCACUCUUGUCGCAAUCGGAUACACCAGCGUGGGAGAGUCCCUUGGCACAGCAACUCUGCGCUGCAAUGCGUGAUCUGGGUAUGGCUGUGGGGCAGAUCCGACACAGUGUUCUAACCAACGCUUGUGAUGCAUCUGGUGCUUUGUGGUGGCUGCUGUAUAAGCAGGCUCAGCGGCACUCAUCGAAUUCUACGGACGAUAUGAAUCUGAGUGCUAAAGAAGGGGAGCGUGUGUUGAGUCCAUCUCCAUCCAUGGACGGGUAUAUUUCUCCCACAGAAUCAACUUCACGUCGCAUGUCCAACAUCUCUCUUACUCAUCCACCCACCUCAGAGGAGCAUCGGUCUGAAUCCCGUAUCUCUGUGAUCGAUUGGGAGCAUAAAGUGUCUCAAUCCUCCUCCUCGUCGUCGGAUGCGUUGGCAUCCUUGGCGCCUAUAGCCAAGACAGUGCCGUGGGACGCAGGCUUGCCUAUGCGCCGGAUAUCCUCGCACAAGCUUCCGCAGCCUUUUCUGCCUAACGCAUUGGCCCCCUGCCCCCGCACCGACGACCUUCCUGCCAUUCAUCGCGGUCCCACAAUCCGCCGCUCGUCGUCGAUUCUCAGCCGUAUCUCUCUCACCGAUUUUGCCAGUCAACCACCUACUCGUCCCAGCAGCGCUUUAGGACGGCGUCUAUCUGUAAGCAGUACAGGCUCGACGAUCUCUGGGCGGUGUGCCAGCCAUGAUACCAGCACUGCUCAUGUCUUACGCACACCUCGACGCUGUCGCAAGUCGGAGUCCAACGUGCCUGCACAACGCAUUCUUUCCACCCCUAAACUGCACAGCAGUUUGUCAGCGCGGCUCCCUCAAGCAGCGAUAUCAUGCGAUAUCCAAGGACGACCUGUAUCACUGAAUGACAAGACGAUUGCUGAGUGGCAAAGUCAGCUUGCCUUCCAUACGAAGACCACUAAAAGUAUGCCGGCCUCGCCUGUUUUGCAUACGUCUGUGCACCGAGCUCGGCGAAGUAAGUCGCCGUUCGGGUUUUCCAUGCCUCCUGGAACGCCUACGGAGCCUCGGCAACGACCUCGGCUUCCCAAGAAGCAUGAAGAGCCAAUGCCCACCACAGAAUCCCGUCGCUCUUCCGAUCUGCUCUGGUCGGACGACGAUGAUUGGAUUGACGAGGAUGCGCCUUACUGA